CGAUGCAGCAUCAUCACCGUUCAUCAUCAUCCCCAUUACCAUCAUCCUCCUGCUCCAUUCGGAGCCGCUAGAAUCAUUUGUGUCGUCGGUGUCUCGCUCGCUCGCUCGUUCUUGUGGUCGCCGUUGUAUUCCUGUGACGAUUAUUUCCCUUAGUCCAUUCUCACCCUGGAGCUUAGGUUUGCAGCAUGACGAUUCGGAGGAUGUGACAAUGGCGGACCAGAGGAGAGCGAGCAGGCGGAGUGUGGUACUGAGUCGUCGUCGUCGACUUCCUCUCUCCUAAGAAGAAGAGGAAGAAGAAGUAUGAGAGGUCAUGGCUGUGUCAUUAUCGCCAUCGUCACGCGUUAGAGUGACGAUCGUGUCCACUCCGAGGAGAGUGACCGCGCUGCGGGGAGGGAAAUGUGUGGCUGUGGUUUCUAGUUGUCAGGAGCGCGGACAGUUGUCGCUCAAGGUGGUGGAGUACUCGGGAUUUCAACGCCAGGGGCGGGGGUUCAGGAGCGGGAGGGGAAGCGCGGCGUGUUGCGGUAGGCAGCAGUUUAGAAGGUGUGCAGUGGUUGCGAGGUUAUUCAAUCCGGAGGAUUUCGAUCCGUCAAAGUUGACUGUAAAAUUUGAAGGGAACGCAAAAGAUAUAAAAGCUAAAUCUGUGGGGGAUAUUCUACCUCGCAAGUAUACUUUAACACACAGCGAUGUUACAGGAGAUUUGCUUUUGUCUAUCGGCCCCUCUCUUAAUCAACAACAAUUGGCAGAUUGGUAUACACGGCUGAUGAGGGAUGAAAUUGUAGCAGAGUGGAGAGGAAGUGAGCAGAUUUCUCUCCAUGUGCACUGCCAUGUCAGUGGAGGGCAUGUCCUUCUUGCACCAGCCGCUCUUCGAAAUAGCAUCUUCGAGCGAGAAAUGCCUCUGGUUCUGGAAGCAAUUCGUCACGGAGAUAAAGAUCUUUUUGAUGUAUUUCCAGAGGAUGUAUUUGCAUAUCUAGAGAGAUGAGAGAUGCGUUGCUGUUGACAACGACUCAACCAAGCUAGCUAAGUCAAAAUGUUUAUUGAUGACUCGUGCAUAAUUUAUUUAAGAUCAGGGAUGCUUAUCUUAUGUGUUGAUUCAUCACAUUUCGGCCUGUUGUAUUCUAGAAUUUGGACUGAGACCUUUAUUGUUGCCAAUCGUCAUGGUCUGUUAUUUAGACUAGAUAUGUGAACAGAAUGAGGACAUUCAAGUUGUUAUAGAAUUGGUUAUGCCUUCACAUGCUGACUCUUCUUUCUCUUUAACCUGCUGUGUGUAGAACUCUAUGCAAGCACUGUGUGGGUGCACUUCCACUCAUCUGAUCCUGAGUACAAUCGAGCAGACUGUUGGGGUCCAUUAUUCUAUGCAGCCAGCCCCGUGAGGCGUGUGACUGGUAAAUCUUCUCCUUCUUGUAAUUCGGUACCUUUCACACCCCACACACUGAUAGAAGUGAAAAACGCUCGUGCUGAACUCUGUUCAGUGAUGUCUCAGUAAAGCUCCUAACAUUGGCGAAUGGAAGCUGAGUGUCACUGUAAUGUUGAUGGUGUUUCAUAUUUAAUUCAUUGUUUGACCAUUUGUCAAUCCUGCCCUUUCAAUAGUAUGAGUUGGUUGAAAUCUUUGUGCAUGGAAGGGUGUUUUGUUUCAUUUCUAAGAAGGGAAGGUUCAAGUAAAAUGCUCUCUAUCCUUUGCAA